AAAAAAAUAUCUUAAUUAUUUUAAGUGUCCUAUUCAUAUACUUCGAUCACAACAAGAGCUAUUACUUACAUUUAAUACAUCUUGUAAAAGCAUAAUGAGCACCAUAUCUAUAUGGUCAGAGGAUAUUGUAACUGCAAAAAAUUUAGCUUCGUGCUUAGAUGGAGAUAUCAUAUUCAUAAAUACACAUAUGGAUUUUACUGGUGGCAUCUUGCUUGUGCCUUUUGCAAGAAUAAUUGACAAUUUAAUAGAUCAUAUAAUUAUGAAUAGUAUCGACAAAACGAAUUUGCAUAUAUUUGAUAUAACUCCAUCUAAUAAUGCUAUAAAAAUAAAUGCACAACAAUUUACAUCAAAUCCUAUAAUUUAUAAUCUGUUUUAUGAUGGCAUGUGGCAAAAACCUGUGAAAGGCAUGUAUUGGAAAUGUAAUGACGAAAUAUUUGCAAAUGCAACAAACGACGAUAUUAGGAGAUGCGUUAAGUCAGCAGAGAAAGGAUUCGAAAUUUGGCACGCUUAUACCAUUGCUUCUAGAAUAGAAAUAUUAUCUAAGCUUGCAAAAACAUUAUACUAUCGCGAAUUUUUAUUAUCAACUUUAAUAUCAAAAUGUAUGGAAUUCGCAUGUCUUUAUGAAAAUUCAAAUGGUUAUUGUACUCUAGAAGAAAAAUACGAACUAAUAAUAACUCGUAAACCAAAAGGCAUUAUUAUUCUUAAAGAGAAAAAUGAAAAUACUUUAUUUUUUCGAUUGAUGCAAAGUUUACUUGCUGGAAAUUCUGUUAUUGUGAUAUUUAAUGUAAAUUUUUGUAAUUUAUCACAAUAUUUUAACAUGUUUUCAAUAUCUGGUAUACCUCCAGGUGUCAUUAAUAUGUUAUCAAGUGAAAAUAUAACAGAUUUAGAAUCAAGAUUAUGUGGAACAGAAUAUUCAAUUUAUGCAAAACGAUUUUUCUCGGAAGGAAAUUUAAUUGAAAAAUAUAUCAAUUCAUACAUGCAACUUAGCCUACCAAAACAAGUUGUACAUCCUCUUAAAUAA